AUGCUGCAGUGUAGACCAGCCCAGGAGUUCAGCUUUGGUCCCCGGGCCCUAAAGGAUGCCCUGGUCUCCACUGACCCGGCCCUACAGCAGCUCUAUGUCUCCGCCUUCUCCCCUGCUGAGAGGCUCUUCUUGUCAGAGGCCUACAACCCCCAGAGGACCCUCUUCUGCACCCUGCUUAUCCGCACGGCCUUUGACUGGCUCCUGAGCCACCCUGAGGCCCCUGAGGAUUUCCAGACCUUCCACGCCUCCCUGCAGCACAGGAAGCAGAGCCUGGCCCGGAAGCACAUUUACCUACAGCCAAUAGAUCUGAAUGAGGGGCCGAUGGGAGGCCUCCUGCUGGACAGCCUGCGCAGCUGCACAGAGGCCUUCUUCCCGGGCCUGCGGGUCAAGUGCCUGCCCUCUGUGGCAGCCGCCUCCAUCCACUGCUCCUCCCGCCCCACUGGGGACUCUGACAGGCUCCAGCUCCACACAGACGGCAUCCUGUCCUUCUUGAAGAACAACAAGCCAGGUGAUGCACUGUGUGUGCUGGGCCUUACGCUGUCUGACCUGUACCCCCAAGAGACAUGGAGCUUUACCUUCAGCAAGUUCCUUCCAGGGCAUGAAGUGGGUGUCUGCAGCUUUGCUCGGUUCUCAGGGGGAUUCCUGAAGUCAGGGCCUAGCACCCCUAACCGGACCAUGAUGGAGGCAGCAACAGAUGGUCCUGAGACCCCCCUGCAGGAUGGAGGCUGGGCCUUGGACUUCACUGCCCUGGGGAUGGUCCAGUGCUGCAAGGUCACAUGCCACGAGCUCUGCCAUCUUCUCGGCUUGGGGAACUGCCGCUGGCUCCGCUGCCUCAUGCAGGGAGUGCUCAGCCUGGAUGAGGCCCUGCGGCGGCCCUUGGACCUCUGCCCCAUCUGCCUGCGAAAGCUGCAGCACGUCCUGGGCUUCAGGCUCCUCCAGCGGUAUAAGAGACUCCAUGCCUGGACUCGGGUGGUGGCAGAGACAUGGCCCAGCCAGGAGGCAGGGGAACCGUCUGUAUUGGAGGAUACCCUGCCCACCAGUGCUGACUCAGGCUUGUGCUGUGAGAGUGACUCGGAGCCCAUUAGCAGCCUGUCAGAGCCCCUCACGCCUGAUGCCUGGAGCCACCCUUGCUCCUUGGGGCCAGAGCUGGAGCCUGAGGAUGGGCUGGGCUCCCUAGGAGCUUCGGAGGCUCCCCUGCUGCUUGGGGGCCCUGUGGAGGCCAUCAAAGAGCAUGAAGGGUGGCUGGCCAUGUGCAUCCAGGCCUUGGAGAGGGAAGGGGCCGAGGAGGAGCUGGCACAGGUGGAUCAAGCUGUGGAUGCCCUUGAUCGGUGGGAGAUGUUCACAGGGCGGCUCCCAGUCACCAGGCAGGACCUGUCCCAUGGCCGAGACAGUGUGGGGUUGCGCAGGGUGCUUGGGGGCACGUUCUCCUCCCUGAGGAGGAGGUUGAGUGCACCCAAGCUUUCCAGGGCGGAGUCUUCACCCUGUUGCCAGGAGGGAGAGGAGGACUAG